AUGUCAAUCUUGCUCUGUUUCCUCUGCUUCUUACCUCUUAUCUUAAUCUUCUUGAAAAAUCUCAGACCCUCGAAAUGGAAUCUUCCUCCGGGCCCACCGAAGCUUCCGAUCAUCGGAAACUUACACCAACGAGGAGAGUUACACCCCAGGAACCGUAGAAACCUCUCACAGAACUACGGACCAGUAGUACAUCUCCGGUUCGGAUUCGUCCCCAUGGUGGUGAUCUCAUCAAAAGAAGCAGCAGAGGAAGUGCUCAAGAUUCACGAUCUCGAGUGUUGUAACCGACCAGAGACUGUCGGGAUCAGAAUGAUCUCUUACAACUCUAAAGACAUAGGGUUUGCGCCUUACGGUGAGGAGUGGAGAGUCAUGAGAAAGCUCUCGGUGGUGGAGCUCUUCAGUGCGAAAAAGAUUCAGUCCUUUAGGUAUGUUAGAGAGGAAGAGAAUGACUUGUUGGUCAAGAAACUCUCUGAAUCUGCUUCAAAGGAAUCUCUGGUGAGUUUGAAGAAAACCCUUUAUGCACUAGUAGGGAGUAUUGUGUGUAGAGUCGGGCUAGGGCAGAAUCUACAUGAGUGUGAGUUCGUGGAUGAAGAUGGUAUAGCUGAUCUUGUGCAAAGGUCUGAGUUGCUCACGAGAACUUCUAUGUUCUCUGACUUGUUUCCCGGAAGAAUCGGUGAAGUCAUGGAUUGGUUCUCUGGUCAGACAAAGAGAUUGGAGGAUGCUUUCUCGGAACUUGAUACGUUCUUUCAGAAUGUUCUUGAUGAUCAUCUUAAGCCUGGAAGAAUAGUACAAGAUGGCUCUGAUAUUAUCGAUGUGAUGAUCGAUAUGAUGAGGAGGCAAGACUCUUUCAAGAUCACCACAGAUCAUCUCAAAGGAAUGAUAUCGGACAUAUUUUUAGCAGGGGUUAGCACAAGCGCAUCCACAAUGAUAUGGGCAAUGACUGAGCUGAUCAGAAACCCUAGAGUGAUGAAGAAAGUGCAAGAUGAGAUUCGGACAACACUUGGGGACAAGAAGGAGAGUCUCACAGAAGAAGAUCUAAACAAGCUUCACUACUUUAAACUAAUGAUCAAGGAGAUAUUUAGGUUACACCCAGCAGCUCCACUUUUACUACCAAGAGAGACAAUGUCUCACAUCAAGAUCCAAGGCUAUGAUAUUCCCAAGAAGACACAGAUCUUAAUUAACGCUUACGCAAUAGCACGUGACCCGAACGUGUGGAAGAACCCUGAUGAGUUUGAUCCUGAUAGGUUUCUAGAUAGUUCAAUAGAUUACAAGGGGUUACACUUUGAGCUUUUACCGUUUGGUUCUGGUCGGAGAAUCUGUCCAGGGAUGGCUAUGGGGAUUGUCAUUGUUGAGUUUGGACUUUUAAACUUGCUUUACUUCUUUGACUGGGGAAUGGCGGAGAAAGAAGCAGCCGACAAGAUCACCACCGGAGAUGAAGUUUCUCUUGACCUCGUUCAAGUUCAUAUCCACUAA